AUGAAUUCAUCCGGUUUUUCUGCAGCUGAUCAAGCAUGUGGUAAGCCUGCGGAAACAGAGGUCAACAUUGGCAUGAAACCUGAAUACCACAACGGUGCAGAAAAGGGUAAAAUCGAGGUCUUCAAAGGUAUUCCAGAGCCUCUUGACCACCUACUAACCCCAAAUAGAAACACAAUCCUUCAUGUUCACCUCACAAGCCUAAUUACAAGAUCAGAAGAUUCAGAAUCAAAAGAUUUAGGACCAGAAGAUUCAGAAUCAUCAACAGCCUUUGUCGAAGAAAUACUCAGAAUUUGUCCCUCGCUGUUAUGGCAAGCUAAUGUCAAAGGUGAAACUCCCUUGCAUAUUGCAGCAAGGUAUGGGCAUGCUGCCAUUGUGGAAGUUUUAAUUGAACAUGCAAAAAGUCCUCAACAAGACCUCGAAAGUGGGGUUAAUAAAACGGUCAAGGAGAUGCUGGAGACGACGAAUAAUGUAAAAGAUGCGGCCUUGCAUGAGGCUGUACGUAAUAAACAUCUUGAGGUAUUGAAACUGUUGAUCCAAGAGGGUCCAGAUUUUUCAUAUUCUCAAAAUGAAGCUGGUGAGACUCCACUUUACAUCGCUGUCGAGAGAAAUUUUGAAGAUGUGGCGUUUCACAUUUUAGAUAACUGCACAUCACCGGCUCAUGAUCGUCCCCUUGAUACAACAACCUUGCAUGCCGCAAUAAUUUGGAAUGAUGAUAACGGUAACGUCUAUUUCUUUUUUCAAAAUUUCAGCAUGCAUGGUUGA